AUGGCUCACCCACUUCAAGCCGUUGCAGAGGCUGCUGGCGCGGUUGGUGCUGACCCUCGUCUACCGCAACGAGCAACACUAUUCCAGGGCGCAAAUGAAGGACCAGCUACCGUUGCUGCCAAGAUCAGUGGCAUGGUUUCGGGAGGUAUGCGAGAGGACAACGCACCUUACUUCACGAACAAUGAGGCACACCCAUUCCCAGACCAUUCGCACAGCAAAACUGUUGGAGGAAUGCCAUUGGCUUCGGACACCUUUCUCUUUCAAAAACAACAAACUUUCAAUAGAUCUAAGCUGCUCGAGCGAAUGGUACAUCCAUGUGGCAGUGGCGCAUUCGGUCACUUCGAAUCCACGAAAGACAUGUCCAACUAUACCAAGGCCAACUUCCUUGGCUCCUCCGGCCUCAAGACACCUAUCUUUAUCCGAUUCUCUACCGUGACUUUGGGUCGAGAGUUUCCGGAUACUGCGAGAAACCCAAGAGGAUUUGCUGUUAAGUUCUACACUGGCGAGGGCAACUAUGAUAUUGUCGGAUUGAACUGGCCUAUCUUCUUUUGUCGAGACCCAAUCCAGGGUCCUGACGUUAUUCGGUCCCAGUCCAGACGACCUGAUAACUUUCUGCUGGACUACAACGCCACGUUCGAUCUUUUGGGCAACACACCUGAAGGCAACCAUGCUGGCAUGAUGUUCUUCUCCGACCACGGUCAUCCAAAAGGUUGGCGCUACAACCACGGCUACGGCUGCCAUACUUUCAAAUGGGUCAACAAGAACGGUGAAUUCGUCUACAUCAAAUACCACUUCAUCUGUGAUCAAGGUCAAAAACAAUUCACCCGACAAGAAGCUGUCGAAAUGGGCGGCAUCAACCCCGACUUCUCCAAGCAAGACCUCUGGGAAGCCAUUGAGCGCCAGGAACCCAUCUCCUGGACCGCCAAGGUGCAAAUCAUGAAACCAGAAGAAGCCGACCCUGAAAUCCUCGGCUUCGACCCCUUCGACGUAACAAAAGUCUGGCCAAGAGGCCAAUUCCCCAUGCACGACUUCGGCAAACUGGUCCUGAACAAGAACCCCGAAAACUACCACCGCGACGUCGACCAAGCCGCCUUCAGCCCUGGUAGCAUGGUCCCAGGCAUCGAAGACGCCCCCGACCCACUCCUCCAGUUCCGAAUGUUCUUCUACCGCGACGCGCAAUACCACCGUAUCGGCGUGAACCUACACCAAAUCCCCGUCAACUGCCCCUUCAUGGCCCAAUCCUACGCAUCCCUCAACUUCGACGGCCCACUACGAGUCGAUGCCAACCACGCCGGUAACCCGCAAUACGCCCCCAACAGCUUCAAGGACAAGUUCCGCCCAGACGCCGCCGAGGCGCCCUACAAAGUCGGCGAUAACAUCGUCUCCCGAAAGAGCCACUACUACCACGAAGGUAAGCUCUCUGAAUACGACCAGGCGCGAGAACUCUACCAGCGCGUCAUGGACGACACCGCACGCCAACAUCUCCACGAAAACACCGCCGUCAUGUUAGCGCAUGUCAGCGAGCUGAUCAUCCAGAAACGAUAUCUUGCUCAGCAGUACUUAAUUGACCCGAGCUAUGCGAAGGCUAUCUGGGACUUAUUGCCGGAGCAGAACCGUGCUGGAGGGAAGGUUGCUUUUGAGGAGGUUGUGCAGGCUAGUAAGGAUGCUGAGCAGAUUAGUAAGAAUCCUAAGUUUAGACCGUCGAUGGGUGAGAAGCUUAUGGGUAUGCCUGCUAUGGUGUACAACUGA